CACCAUGGACGGGUUGCCCGGUCGGGCGCUGGGGGCCGCCUGCCUUUUGCUGCUGGCGGCCGGCUGGCUGGGGCCCGAGGCCUGGGGCUCACCCACGCCCCCGCCGUCGCCUGCCGCUCCACCUCCGCCCCCGCCGCCCGGAGCCCUCGGCGGCUCCCAGGACACCUGCACGUCGUGCGGCGGCUUCCGGCGGCCAGAGGAGCUGGGCCGGCUGGACGGCGACUUCCUGGAGGCGGUGAAGCGCCACAUCUUGAACCGCCUGCAGAUGCGGGGCCGACCCAACAUCACCCAUGCCGUGCCCAAGGCCGCCAUGGUCACGGCCCUGCGCAAACUGCAUGCGGGCAAGGUGCGCGAGGACGGCCGGGUGGAGAUCCCGCACCUGGACGGCCACGCCAGCCCUGGCGCCGACGGCCAAGAGCGGGUCUCCGAGAUCAUCAGCUUCGCAGAGACAGAUGGCCUCGCCUCCUCCCGGGUCCGCCUGUACUUCUUCAUCUCCAACGAGGGUAACCAGAACCUGUUCGUGGUACAGGCCAGUCUGUGGCUCUACCUGAAGCUGCUGCCUUAUGUCCUGGAGAAGGGGAGCCGGCGCAAGGUUCGGGUCAAGGUGUACUUCCAGGAGCCGGGCCACAGCGACCGCUGGGACGUGGUGGAGAAGCGUGUGGACCUGAAGCGCAGCGGCUGGCACACCCUCCCGCUCACCGAGGCCAUCCAGGCCCUGUUUGAGCGGGGCGAGCGGCGCCUCAACCUGGACGUGCAGUGCGACGGCUGCCAGGAGCUGGCCGUGGUGCCCGUGUUUGUGGACCCGGGCGAGGAGUCACACCGGCCCUUCGUGGUGGUGCAGGCGCGGCUGGGUGACAGCAGGCACCGCAUCCGCAAGCGGGGCCUGGAGUGUGACGGCCGGACCAACCUCUGUUGCAGGCAACAGUUCUUCAUCGACUUCCGCCUCAUUGGCUGGAGUGACUGGAUCAUCGCACCCACUGGCUACUAUGGGAACUACUGUGAGGGCAGCUGUCCGGCCUACCUGGCAGGGGUGCCAGGCUCUGCCUCAUCCUUCCACACGGCCGUGGUCAACCAGUACCGCAUGCGGGGCCUGAACCCGGGCACAGUGAACUCCUGCUGCAUCCCCACCAAGCUGAGCACCAUGUCCAUGCUCUACUUCGAUGACGAGUACAACAUCGUCAAGCGGGACGUGCCCAACAUGAUCGUGGAGGAGUGUGGCUGUGCCUGAAAGCAUGGGCUCGGGACUGUCCCUGCGGGCACGGGGCACAUGGCGGGGGGGUGUGGUCUUGCUGCCGGGUGGCCCGGCAGGUGCCAGGGUGGGAGGCCUGAGAUACUUUCCUACUUCUUUAUUGAGCAAUCAGUCGAAACCAGAGGGCGAACCCUCCGUGGACACGAAAGACUUGAAAAUGCGCACGUAGAUGCCCACAGCAGACGCCUCCUGCCACCCACACAGCAGCCUCCGGGAUACCAGCAAAUGGAUGCAGUGACAAAUGGCAGCUUAGCUACAAACGCCUGUCAGUCGGAGAGAAAGGGUGAGCAGCCACCAUUCCCACCAGCUGGCCCGGCCACUCUGAAUCGCUCCUUUCGAGCACACAGAGAAGCACAAAGACAGAGACACCGAGAGAGAGAGAGAGAGAGAGACAGACAGACAGACAGACAGACAGAGACAGACAGACAGAGACAGAGAGAGAGAGAGCGCGCAAGCGAGUGAGCGCAGGAGCCCUGGAGAGAAGAGGAGCGGCAGAUACGGGGGUGGGGAGCGUGGGGGCACGCAGAGGGCUGCUUGUCCCCCCUUUGCUUGCUCAAGGCCCGAGGGCCUCGGUAUCUCUUGGCUCCAACCUAUCGGCUUCGUCCCCUGACUAGGAUCCUUCCUAGGGGACCACGGCAGCCUGUCCUUUCCCACGCUUGCCCAGGGAGGGAGGCCCAGUAGGGACACCACUUGCCGGAGACCGUGGAGCAGUGGCAAUGACCAUUUGACUGUUGCUUGGGUCCCUGGUGUGACUUCUAAGUGUGUGUUUGUUUUGGGGGGUGGGGAGGGAGGGAGAGGAGAAGGGUCUUAAUUUGAUGCUUUAACUGAUCACUAGCAGUUGAAUGGUCAUGCAGUCCAGUUGUAUAAAUGCAGAGGGACCUUGCUACCAGCUAUGACCUUUCAAGUUAAAAAUCUGAAUUGUUCUAAGCAGAUAGAAGAAAAAGUGGCAAUUUGUGCCCUUCACUGGGGAUAUUCCUCUAGGACUGGUUGGGGAGGUGUGGAAAUGACUCUUAGGCGAGGGGAUGAGCUCUUAGGAAGAGAGGGUGGUGGGGUGGAGGU